AUGACUGCCGAAGUAGCAUGGUCAAAGUACUACAACAAGCUCCCAGCCUUCGAGAAAGUGCAGUUCGAACAGUUCAAGGCUAGACUGAAGAGCCAUAGACAACAAGUCAAAAAGUACAUGAUGCGAUCGAAGAAAGAAGAACAGAUGUGGCGAAGGGACUUGCUUCGGUAUCCACCGAAAACCACGAACUCUGAAGGUGCACCACUAUGGAAUCCCCAUAAAGCUAACAAGCUAUUGCGACAGGAUGUUGGAGAAUUGAGACAAAAGAAAGAGCACAUGACGCCAAAGAAACUUCAAGCGACAAGAGACGAGUACAAAGAGUUUCCUCUGAAGAUAUUUCGUCAACACAUGUACCAGGAAAUUCGUCGUUGCAAAUUCUGCAACCAUUUGCACGAUAGAAGAGAAGCCAAGAAAAUUAUCCACAUCUGCAAACCAGCUGUGGGUGCGACAGACGAUACAUUGACGGACCGUUUGAAGGAGCUGGGCAUACAUGAUCCGGAAGAAGAGGAAGAGGAGGAGGAAGAACUGGAAAUGGAGGACGAUGAGAAGCAUACAGCAGAACAAACAGGCAACCGAAAACGCAAAAUUGCCGAAAACAAUCGUCCAAGCAAAAAGCAAAAGCGUUGUUAA